AUGCCCGCUGUUACCGACGAGAAUGGACAGCCCCUGGCACCAACUGGUAUUCACUGGCAGGUGCCGACAUCUGACAAUCUUGGAAAGCCUCCUACCCAUAUUGGCAUCUUCACCGAGAACGGCUCAGGAGGGUUUGUUUCAGAUCUCGUCUCUGAGGGCGGUGCUAUCGGGUGGCGAGUGAGUUCUCAGCAGUACACGGCUACAUCACUACAGUUCAAGAACUGUAGCACUGCCGUAGACAUUGUGUGGGAUCGGGGUUUCAACUGGCACAAGAUCGAGAUUGAUGGCGGCAGCGUUGGCUUUAACAUCAGCGGAAUCGGUGGCCUUAACGACCAGGGUAUCGGCUCAGUGUCCAUCAUUGACUCGGUUGUCAAGAACGUGCCCAUCGGAAUCCUCGCUGCUCCCCGUGCUGCGGACGUGGUUCUUGACAAUACGGUUUUCACCAACGUCUGUAUCAUUAUGGUGCUCAGCGGAACAAAGGAUCCCAUCAUUGAGGGCACCAGCGGUACCAAGGAGCUCACCCUGCGGGAGUAUGGAAAGCAAUACAUUCACAAUCAAGGCCGGUCUUCCAUGGGCCAAUCUAUUGACGACCGUCCCCGACCCGCGCCCUUGCGUGAUGGCAUGGCAAACUGUUUACUCGUCUGA